GAGUAAGCACUCAUAUUUAAAUGUAUGGUUUGAUCCCUUUUGAUGUUUACUUUACAAUGUACGACAUAACCAAGUGUGCAUUUUUGUUUUGUGAUAAAAAAAAGUAUUAUAACAUGUUUCUUUGUACAGUUCAUCGUAUGCAUUUCGUGUCCCGAUAAAAACUUGGUUUGUCUCAUGGUAUGAGGAUGUUAUUAAAUUUUGGUUGACAUGGAUCAUAAACAGCGGUCGUACAACAUACUGAAUGUAUUGGAAAAAGUUAGAGCAGGCGUAUUGGAUGCUCGUGCUGUAAUUACUUGUGAAUCUUUGAGUAGGUCACGUAAUCUGAAACUCAGUAAGCUGAAGGAUUUUGAGAAUGUACUUCAGUCUGCCACAAAUCAGAUGGAUGUAGACUGCGCGGAAGGAAAAUACCUACUAUGUGGCCUAGGAGAUGGUAGCAUUUGCAUCUACAAUUUGUACAAUUACACUGGCUCCCCACAGUUCACAUGCAAUGUUGAAUGCAUGGUGGACAAAAAUAACCGCCAUGCUCACAAGUUUAGUACCGAGUGUGUACAAUGGUAUCCAUUUGACACAGGAAUGUUUUUAUCAAGUGGGAUGGAUAAAAAACUUAAAGUGUGGGACACAAACACAUUGAUUCCAGUAGAAAGUUUCUCCACAGAGGGAAAAGUUUACCAGCACCACAUGGCACGGAACUCUCUGAUUGCAGUCGCAAGCUCGGCCAAUCAGAUCAGCCUCAUCGACAUCCGGAAAGGUUCGUCCGUCCACGAGUUGCGCGGGCACUCGAGCUUGGUUCUGACGUGCCGAUGGUCUCCGACGGAGGAGUACUUGUUAGCCUCGGGGAGCUGUGACAGGAAAGUGCUAUUGUGGGACGUUCGUUCUGCCAGGAGUUGCCUCAGGUGUCUGGACCAGCACAACGGCGAGGGGCAGUCGAACAGCCAGUCGACGAGCACGGCACACGACGGCUUCGUCAACGGCCUGUGCUUCAGUGAGAACGGACUAUACCUCCUCAGCUACGGAACAGACGACAGUCUACGACUGUGGGACGUAUGCUGGGGGCGAAACGAGAUGGUUAGUUUUGGUAGUGUUCCCAACCAUUCAAAGAAGUGCGUGCAGCUAGACGUAAGAACUGUUGUUGGGUCUGGGGUUGCGUACGUACCUUCAGGAAGUAACGUCCUCCUGUUUAAUAUCGAAAGUGGUAGAAAUGUGCGAACUCUACAUGGACAUUUCAGUACUGUGAAUGGGUGUAGAUUUCAUCCGUUUCUUCAAGAACUGUAUAGUUGUGGUAAUGACAGGAACAUUUUGGUUUGGUCUGCAGGUGACUCUCAGGUGAAUUCUGAACAAGAUGAAGAUGCCUGGAGUGGAGAUGAAAACUGACACUUUAGAUAAUAGUAAUAAACCUAUUCAGUUAUCAUAACAUUAAUCGGAGGCACAGUGAAAGUACCUCAAAGUCCUAGAUUGCUUACUACUAGGCUUGGGCCAAUAAAAUCCUCUAAACGCAUGCAUUUUUUAGUAUUCAAAAUAUUUGAUAUUUGAGGGAAAUUUGAAUUAAAAAAAUCAAAGAAUACUUCAUUCUUAUCCUCAAUAUUUAAAGACUUCCUAUUCACGGAAAAAUAUUGAAGGAAAUGAAAAUUUACUGACAACUCCGAAUCUUGCUUCAUUAUGAUUCCACAAGAUAUUGUAAUGUUAAUAACAAUAUGUAAUUAUGUAAAUAUAAUUACGAAACAUGUAUUGAUUUGGAACACUUAAUUUGUGAAAUGCACAUUGAGAGGGUCGAAAGUUUUAACACCAUAGUUAAUUUAUAUAAAUAUAUUUUUUGAUUCCUAGCACCUAGAUUCUGAAUCAGGGUACUCUGAGAUUCAAAUUCUAAAUUCAGAUUCAAAAAUUUUGGGAUUCAACCCAUCACUAUUUACUACAUAUUUUUGGUAUGAUCAGGGCCGGCGCUUCCAUAUAGGCGAACUAGGCAACUGGCUAGGGCGCCAAGUAGCUGGGGGCGGCGCAGCACGACACACAACA